AUGAUUUCUUUCUCUCUUGACUUUUGGUUCAAAAACAGGGAUGUUGUGGAAACACAAGAACAUUACAAGAGCAGGUGGAGAUCCAUCUGGAUUAUGUAUCUUACUAUGUUUCUUAGUAGUGUAGGUUUCUCAAUUGUAAUUAUGUCUGUGUGGCCAUAUCUCCAAAAGGUUGAUCCGACAGCAGAUGCGAGUUUCCUGGGCUGGAUUAUAGCUUCAUACAGCAUCGGCCAAAUGGUUGCAUCUCCCCUCUUUGGCUUGUGGUCCAAUUACAGGCCCAGGAGAGAACCUCUCGUUGUUUCAACUGCUAUUUCAGUAGCUGCUAAUUGUCUUUAUGCCUAUGUCCAUGUACCUCAUUCACACAACAAAUACUACAUGCUGACUGCACGUGCUCUUGUGGGAUUUGGAGCAGGAAAUGUAGCUGUAGUUCGAUCGUAUAUAGCGGGUGCAACUUCCCUUACGGAAAGAACAAGUGCCAUGGCCAAUACCAGUGCCUGCCAAGCAGUUGGCUUCAUAUUAGGACCAGUUUUUCAGACAUGUUUUACACUUAUUGGAGAAGAAGGAAUAACAUGGAAAUUAGUUCAUCUUCAGCUGAACAUGUAUACUGCACCAGUUUUAUUUGGAGCUCUCUUAGGUGUUAUUAAUAUUAUUCUCAUCUUUGCCAUAUUCAGAGAGCAUCGUGUGGAUGACAUGGGACGGCAAUGCAAAAGUAUCAAUUUUGAAGGAGAAGAAAGUGGUGUUUCGGAUCAGGACACAGAAGGAGACGUUGACCAUGUUGCUGUGGUAGCAAUCAAUUUUCUUUUCUUUGUCAUCUUGUUUGUGUUUGCUGUCUUUGAAACUAUAGCUACUCCAUUGACGAUGGAUAUGUAUUCCUGGACCAGGAAAGAAGCCGUUUUUUAUAAUGGAAUAAUCCUUAGUGUGGUUGGCAUUGAAUCGGUUAUUGUUUUCAUGGUGGUUAAAACGCUAUCUAAAAAGACUGGUGAGCGUGCCAUACUCCAUGGAGGCUUACUGAUUGUCUUGGUUGGAUUCUUUAUCUUACUGCCUUGGGGGAAAAAACUACCAAAUAUCCAGUGGCAAGAAAUAAAGAAUAACUCCAUUCCCAGAACAAUUUCCACUGAAAUGUUAAUGCCGUUCUGGAGUUUGCAAGCAAUGCACCUUCCAUCCAACCACACAGUAGAACCCGUAGGCUGCCCUGUCACACAGUCCUGGUGCCUGAAUACUCCUAUGAUCUAUCUGGCCCAGUAUAUCAGCUCUGACAUACUAAUAGGAUUGGGCUAUCCAGUUUGUAACGUCAUGUCCUACACUUUAUACUCAAAAAUUCUAGGACCAAAGCCUCAGGGUAUCUACAUGGGAUGGUUAACUGCCUCUGGAAGUGGAGCACGAAUACUUGGGCCUGUUUUUGUGAGCCAAAUAUACACUCACCUGGGACCACGCUGGGCAUUUAGCUUAAUCUGUGGAGUAGUUGUAGUCUCCCUCUUACUGUUGGAGAUAGUAUACAAGAGACUUAUUGCGUUUUCUGUCAGAUAUGGAAGGAUGCAAGAAGAGAAUUGUUAAAUAUGUAUUUUAAAGAAAAAAAAGUAAAACCAACCAGAAAUAAUACUUGGUUUUAUUAUUACUUUUUAAUGAGGAGUACCUAACCACUGACCUUGUUGGCUGUGU